AUGGACUACUCCUACAACUCAUUAGACAACUCUUCUCAUGUUGUAUUCCUUGUUCGUCGCUCCAAUGUAACGUUGAGGCCUGGAACCGACUCACAGUAUUGGCUGCUGUCAAUCUUCGUCCCCGAAGCUGUUGCCAUAGUAGCGGGGAAUAUCCUGGUGCUAAUGGCAUUCCUGGGCUCACCCAUACUGCGCAAGCGCAAGAAUUUCCUACUCGUCAAUCUUGCAGUGGCUGAUGGGCUUGUUGGAAUGGUUUCUAUGGUGAUUUUCCUGACAAUCAACUUUGCGGGGAGUCGCAGCUUUUCAAGUUUUAUGCUGGUAUAUAAUCUGUUUACGGGGCAAGACGUGUUGUUUGGCAGCGCUUCCAUCUUCGCCUUGACAUCUGUAGCUUUGGAGCGUAUGUACGCCACCAUGUACCCGCUGAAGCAUCGCGUGCUCAGUAGAAGAGCGUACUUCGCGUGUAUAGCUGCAGUCUGGAGUCAAGCUUUAUUAUUAUCUCUAUUUGCUGUAUUUACCAGCAUGGAACUCUUCAUGGCCUUCAUGUUACCUUCAAUUCUACUCUCACUUUUCACCGUAUCAGUUUGCUAUUCCCUUAUAUGGUAUAGAAUUGUACAAGCAGGCUCAAUUAAAGGGCAGAACAGACAAACAGAUGUCACGCAAGUGGUAUCUCGUGAGCGUGACCGAAGAUUGACUGUCACGCUAGUUAUUAUAACAGUGCUCAGUUUAAUCACGUGGCUACCUUUUCAACUUCUGAAUAUUUUGUUAGGAGCUGGUUGCCAGUGCCCAGUAUCCCACGUUGUUUUGUGGGUCACCAAGUUCUUGCAGUAUGGAAAUUCGAUCGUCAACCCUGUUGUCUACGCGCUAAGAAUGGCGGGAUUUCGCAAAGUUUUACGGAAGCAGUUUGCCUGGGCAGCGGCUAAAAACGAUAUGCAAGUUCAGAGCCCGACCAGGCGCGAAGACAGGACUUCGACUACUGCCGUGCCAAGGGGAAGUAGGAAGGAGUCUGUGACGCAGGAACACGCCCUUUAACCAGCUAAGAACAGUUGGGUUGAAGUAGCGCGGUUUACGAGGUAUCUAGAAAAUGGGAGGUGAAGUAAGCGCCCCCCCCCACCCCCUGCGCCUCCCCGUCCACCGUCGACAAACGGCUUUGCGACUACGCAACAAGCCCGCAUGUAAACAUGGGUAAAAACCACUAAAGCGCACACCAAAAUCAUGUCUAAUAAACAAGGUUUUUCUUUGCCUGAUAACUUUCUCAUUGUGUUGAAUUCUUACUAGCUAAAUAAUCACUUAGUGACAUGUACAGCACAGUGUGUUCAGUUUUGUUCUUGGUUUUGGGAGACUUGGGAGAUUAAGAUUUAAAACAGUUUAA